GUGUGUGUAUUCCAUAAAUAACUCCGAGUGUUUCAGCAGGAGGAGGAGGUGCUGACCUCCUAAAGAGCAGCAGAUCACUUUCUACUAACCAGACUCCAGCUGAAGAACUGAAGAAACUCCCUGGAUCCUGGUUCUGGUUCUGGUUCUGGUUCUGGGUGGAAAAGUAAAACCAGAGAAGAAGAAGAGAGUCCAGGUUGAUCCGGACUGUAAGUCUGUGAAACUACUGCGUCUUGUUGUUUUCUUCUUCUUGUUCUCCUCCUCCUGCUGGAUUUAAGUGAAACCAGAUGGUCUCUCUCUGCCAGACUCCACUGGCGGGUCGGUUGUUUUUAAACUUCUCUCCGACCACACCAGACUUCAUCCGCUUCUCCUCCGUUUUUAAACCUCGACUUCUAACGGAUCUGUUUGGAGUUAUUACAAUCUCUUCUUCUAUGACUCCGGUAGUACUGUGAGUCUUCAUCAGCUGACAGGAUUAAAAGAAGAAGACUGUGGAGGAUAGCAGGAGGAUAAUUAGAGAAAUUAAACCCACAUGAUCUCUCCGAGCAGGAGACUGGACGCAGUCCGACUCUGACUGCUGCGCACUCAGCGUCCUUCUGAAGAUUUAGUGCGUUUUUAAUCUUGACUCGUCAUUGAUGGAAGUUCUUUGGACUUUACAACCUGAGUGAAUACUUCUCUCUGACUCUAUGGAUCCUAUAGUAAAUUCGGCAUAAAUAUAUUUCAUCAGAAGGCUCAAGUAAUUAUAAUAAACCCCCCUAUAGUUAUAUUUACGUUAGGUGAGGAGAUGAAGGAGAUGAAGGAGAUGAAGGUGAUGAAGAGGAGGAUGUGAAGUGAUGCGGUGCCUCCUGAGGGACGCCGGGAUGCUGCUCCGCCGCCGGUCCUGCUCUGGCCCGCUGCUGCUGCUGCUCGGGGUGGCGGUGUGUCUCUUCUACCAGACCCUGGUGGUGGCCCGGAACCGGCUCCGGUCCGGACCGCAACAACCCGCCGCCGACGUCCGCAGCAGGAAGCCGUCCGAUGAAGUCCUGAUGGAGGAGACCAGGAGGUUCAUCUCUACUCUGGAGACUCUACAGAUUCAGGUAUGGUCCCAGCGGCCCCCCCGGCGGUGGUGGGCGGUGGUUCUGACGGGUCGACACCUGGUCUCUGACCCCGAGGUCCAGCUGUACCAGCAGGUCCUGCAGCAGAUGGGCUAUGAGGUCCAGCUGUCCAGAUACGCCGAGACCAGCAGCUUCCUCAGAGCCAACCACGGUGUGAGUGGGUGGAGCCUGUUGCUGUGUCUCAGUAGUUCAGAGAGAAGCUGUCUGAGGAGAAUCUCCUUCUCUCACCUGCAGCAUCAUCAGACGGUGAACUUGUUGCCCGGGGUGAUGGAGGCGUUCUCUGAUGCAGGUGGAGGUCUCUGUCACUUCUUCACUCAUUCACACCUGACAGGAUCUGAAUUACCCAUGAGGCCACAUGCCUGUGGAUCGACCAAUCAGAAGCUGCCAUUUCCUCAGGACUCAGUGGACAGUCACUCACCUGUCGGAGCCCCGCCUCCUGCUCUGGUUGCCAUGGUGAAUGUUUACGUCCUGGUGACAUCAGUAAAGCCGCUGACUUCCUUCCUGCAUGACAUCAGCGUGGUGACGACCAAUCAGGAGCAGCGGGGGCGGCCCACGAAGCUCAGGAACUUCCUGCUGCAGCAGCUGGGACCAGCCACUUCUCAUGAUGCUUUCGGGCAGAUCAAGAAGGUGAUAGGUGACGUGCUGCAGGCCGCUGUGUCCACCGAUGAGAAGCAACAAACGCUCAGCAGGUGUGUGUUGUGUUACCAGCUGUUGACCUUCACUCUGCUCUUCAGCGGCUCCAUCACACCUGUCGUAUUCCAGGUGGAAACUGAUCUGGCGUUUUCUUCUCUGAGGGAUGACACGUUUGAUGGACAGAUCACCAAAGACCUGAUCCUGGAGGACACGCUCCACUUCCUGCACCUGUCCUCAGAGACACACCUGUCCUCAGAGACACAGACGGAGGGCAGACAGUACGGUGGCUGCAGAGGGACACACGGCGGCGUCUGUUUGUCAGAAGACGAGUUUCUUCUUCUGCUUCAGUUUCAGCGGCGGAUGAAAACGCCUUCAGCUUUUCAACUGUUGUAUCCCAGCACCUCCUCCUCCUCCUCCUCCUCUUCCUCCUCUUCCUCUUCUUCCUCUUCUUCGUCGUCCUCCUCCUCCUCCUCUGGUCCUCUGGGUGUCUCUGGUCUCCUGAUGAGGAUCAGUCGUUACUACGAGCUCCAGAGGAACCAGAGCAACAGAACUGAUGAAGAACAGACCAAUCAGGAGUCAGCUCUGUCUUCUUCACUGGAUGGGUCUGACAGUAGAGGUCCCUGUGUGGACCCCCACCUCAGACAGAUCUACAGCGACCCCCCCCUCACCCUGACCCCGCCAUUCAGCCCCCGGGUGAAGGAGUACCGGGCCGAGGUGGCCUUCGACACGGUGACGGUUCGAAUCCGUCCUGAGCCCGUCAGCUCGGCCUGCCGGGUCCACCUGGACGAGCACCGAGGCCCCAGGAUGGCGAACUACCCGGUCGGCCUCGGCAACAGCAGGAUCAGCAUCCUGGUGACGGACGACGCCCAGUCGGAGCCCGUUGUCAUGACGAUCUACACCGUCCACGUGUACCGCGAGAGCCGACCCAGUCUGCCCAUGUUUGGGGAUCAUGUGACCUGCAGCUUCGUGCAGGACUGUGGUCUGCUGGUUCAGCCUGGUCGGUCCUGUGGUCUCCAGCCUCUCUUCAGGACUCAGAGUUCACUUCAGACCUGCACCUCAGGACACGAACCAGGUCAGUGGGUGGUUCCGUGUCUCAGCUGUUCUGACAACAGGACGUGUGAUUGGAGGGAGGUUGCCUGGCAACCAGACGGCUGUUACCACCCGUUAGUGGAGCGCCCCCUGCUGCAGGACUGUCUGACGGACAGGAAGGUGUUGUUUAUCGGCGACUCAACCAAUCGUGGGAUGAUGUACUUCCUGAUGGAGCGGGUGAACUCCAGUCUGGAGGACUGGGGGAAAGCUCACGACACGCUGGUCUACAGGAACCUGAACGGGGUCCGGACUGUGGUCAGCUACUCGUAUUAUCCUCAGUUCUGGUUGGAGAAGAACCAGAGGCCCACCUUCAGAAAGGCUCUGCUGCAGCUGAUCGACAGGUCACGACCUCUGGUGAACUCUAACCUGACGGUCCUGGUUGUGGGAGGAGUCCAGUGGCUCAACACCGAUCACCUGAGGACAGUCAGAGAGGUGCUGAACAGAGAGUCUCUCAGUGAUGUCCUGGUGGUGGUGAAAUCUUUGGGGAUGGGUUUCCAUCUUCCUGUAGAUGGGAUCCGGUCUCUCAGCCUGAAAGAGAUCCAGGAUCUCUACAGAGAGAACCAGAACAUCAUCACCACAGCAAAGCAUCAUGGGUACGAAGUCAUCGACACAUUCAGCAUCACGAUGGGUCGAUACAAAGAGUUCCUGCAGGGACGAUGUGCCUGCCACUUUCAUGAGGUGGAGAAGUUUUGGUCCCCCGGGCUUUCAGACGACUCAACAUCCACAACAAACGGAACCAGAACCAGAUCCUCCAGAACUAGACCUGAACUCAGCAGCCAAUCAGCCGUGCCGGACACGGAGCAUGAGGUGUGGCCUAAAGCUUCAUCCUAUCAUGUGAGAGGACCAGUGAACCAGGUGUACUCUGAGAUCCUGCUGAGCCGCCUAUGUCCCAGAACCAGUAACUAAACACCUGUGUGUGUGUGUGUGUGUGUGUGUGUGUGUGUGUGUGUGUGUGUGUGUGUGUGUGGGUGCGUGGGUGCGUGAUUGCGCGUGUGCGUGCGCGUCACGGUUACCUUGCUUGGCAGCUGGAUUCUCGCGAUGGCACGAGAUCACACGAGAAUCCAUCUCGCCAGGCUUCGAGUAAUGCGUUUGUGUUCGGACCAAUCAGUGAGGAGCUACUGCAGCCAGGGGGCGUGGCUUAGGGGCGUGGCUUAGGUGUGUGACGCAACGAUGGAGAGGCGACCGACUGUUGGUUCUACACAACAACGGCGGCUCCUGAAGAGGUUAGCGUAGCUGCUGCUAUAGCAUCAGUUCUAUCGAACUGGAGUAAAAACAUGCUUUCACUCUUCUCCUGACUGGCUUCAGCUAGAGUUUGAUUGACAGAUGGUCCAUCCAAUCACCUGCCUGGCAUUCUUUGAAAGUGCCCGCCCUUUUCCAAACAGUUUCCAAACCAUGUGACGGGUCAGGUUCGCGUCACAGUGCUGACGAUGCUCCGCUGAAAGAUGAAUUAAAGAGUCCACGUUUCUUCUCCAGGUGGACUCGGAGGUGUCAUCGUACUCUACUUAUUAUUUAGUGAUUUUCAAAAUAAAACAAGUUCUUAAAGUGACAAAAAA